GCGACUCCAGAGGAAUUUCCCCCGCGUCUCGUGCCCUUUGUUCCGCUGGGUUCCCUGGGGGGGUGAGCGAGCCUGAGAGGAGACCGAGAAAGAGGAGAGAGAGAGGCGGACGCAGAGAUGUCGGAGCCGGCCACAAAUCCCGCUGCCACCUCUUUCUCAGCGCCCACGAUUUCGUUGCCUUUGGGCCUGGAAGUGUUGAGGACUUAUUCUGGAGCUCUUUUCUGCUUUGAAAUAUUUUUUGGUGGUUUAGUAUGGAUCCUGGUGGCUUCCUCCAAUGUGCCAGUCCCUCUGCUGCAAGGCUGGGUGAUGUUUGUGUCUGUCACCGCCUUCCUCCUCUCCUCUGCCUACCUCCUCCUCCUCAUCACCGGCCUGGCUGACCGCAUCAGUAUUGACUGGAACUUUUUGGAUGUUUUUUACCAUUUUAUAGCUUUGGUUUUCUAUUUUGCCGCCUUCGUGCUGGAGGCGGCGACGACGGCAGCCAACGGAGGAGCCAUCAUCACGCCCCUGCCAAACAGCACCGCAACUGUAAUGUGUAUACACUACCCUCGGGGAAAUGUAUUCACUGUGCUGACUGGCAACCAGUACAAUAUUAAUGUGGUGGCAACGAUAUUUGCGUUUGUGGUGACGCUUUGCUACGGCUGGAGUUUGGUGAUGGCCUUCAAGAGAUGGAGAAUCUAACUUGAAACUCCAAAUGAUUUCUCACCUGUUUUGCACCAACGUGAAACAUUCACAAUAGCAUCAUAGAGCACGCUGCUGUUCAGUGUGGAAUUGGUAUGCCCAGUUUGUGAUUUGUGUGUGUGUGUGUGUGUGUGUGUGUGUGGACUUUAUUCAUUACGGAAUGACCAAGGACCUUUCUGAGGUCUUAACUUCUCAAACAUGUUGAGUAGAGUAGUGAGGGGAAGAGACAAAAACAUAAUAAGAAUGACAUUAAAAAGGUAAUAUGGCAUGUGAGUGAGUACUGUUGGUCACACUUACGCAACUGGCUUUUUAUUCACGUCAACACUGUAACUUCCUUUUUCUACAGGAUUCACAUCCUCACUGUAGGGAAUAUUUCCCAAUUCCAAAACUGCUACAUCUCACCGAGUGUGCUGCUUUUGUUUCAUGAACAACAGAAGCUUCAUAGGCUUGCACAUUUUCUUGGAAAGGCCUUUGUGAUGCGAAUGAAAUGGAAAUUCAAUUCUCAUUCAACAUGAUGUGUUCAUGAACUUUUCUAUAUUGAUAGGGUAUUUGAAAUUCUAAACGUUCAUUUUGUGAGAUGACAUCACGGUGUAUUCUUAACAUACAAACCUACCGUAGUUGACGUUUUAAAGAAUUUUAAAAUAACCUACACUGUUAUCUUUAUGCCCUGCGAUUGGCUGCCGACCAGUUCAGGGUGUAGCCCGCCUCUCGCCCGAAGAUGGCUGGCAUAGGCUCCAGCACGCCCGCGACCCUUGUGAGGAAAAAGCGGUACGGGAAAUGAAUGGAUGGAUGGAUGUUAUCUUUAUAUGUAUUAAUAGUUAAUUAGAUGACAUCAUUGUGUAUCUUCUCCUUAACGUUUAGGGUUGAACACUCAAACGUUUUAAAGAAUGUUAACAUACAGAAACCUACACUGUUAUUUCUAUGCAUAUUAAAAGUCAAUUCACAUUAAGAAUAAAUAAUGUUCAUAAAUAUUCACUCAAUCAGUCUUGCUUGCUGUGCCACUGUAUUAUUAUCAGUUAGAUUAAGUGUGGCCUAUCACAGUUUAUAUUAUAAUAGUAAAUUAUUACUCAUUUAAAAUAGAUUGAUUGCUUUUGAUUGUCUUUGUUACCAUUUUAGUACAUUUUAAAAAAUACAUAAUACAUAUUUUAAAGUGACUGUUUAAUAAAACACUUAAAACAAAUGCCAUGUUCUUUUAUUUACACACAGAGGAUAUAAAACAUCUGCACACGCCUCUUCAGACGCCGGGUUUUCUUAAUACUUUAUCAAAACAAAACAAAACAAAAAAGGGCAAAACUAAAUUAUUUCAAAGCUUUUAUUUACCAUGAACAUGACCUAUAACCUGUACAACUCUAUUUUAAAAAAAGUCAAAAUAAACAACUGAGAUGACGUUUU